AUGGCGAAGAGAAAGCGGGAGGACGAAGGCGAUGGCGAGCUAGUGAAGGACAAGCACCCAAAGUCCAUCGCCGAAGAUCUGGUCGAAGGCAACGCUGCUGGUAGAGAAGCCGCAGCACAAUCCACUGGUGCAUUAUCUCUCGAUCGGCAGCAAAACGAGGAGACACCUCUUCGCAAGCGAGCGUCGCUCCUGGGCCUGCCAGCAGAGUUGAGGAAUGUGAUAUACUUCAUGGUCCUCAACAACAAUACUGGCGGUUAUCUGGAUCUCAGUAUCGAUGCCUCCAAUCAUCAGCAGCCCGCAAUUCUCAGGACCUCGCGUCAGAUACGGGAGGAGGCUAUCAAGAUCUGGUAUGGCAACUCUUUUGUCCUCUACACUGACCGCUUCAAACUCGAACCUCAGCCCGAAGGCCCCGAACAUUGGAUUUGGCACAUGCCGGGCGGCCCUACACUCUAG